AAAAACCCGGCUCAUCGAAACAGACUGCCAAAAUCCACCCAACACCACCAAAAAUAUACACACACACACACACAGCACCGCCCACAAAAACCUUUCCAAGAAAACCUGAGGCGGUCUUUUCCGUUGGGCUUUUUCUUGUGAUCCCUUUUUAUAGUAAAGAAGAAGAAAGUCGGGUCUUCUCACAAUCCCACCGCCGUUCCUUAAUAACUACACACAUACACACACCCCUUCUUCUCCAAGAAAACAAGAUUGUUUCUUUCUUAAUGUACAUGAACUUGGGUUAGGAUUCUGUCACACGAUCACCAACAGUUGUUAUUACUACAUGUAUUAGGCAAACUUCUCUUUUGUUUGGUAUAUAUUGCUAGUUGAAGUAAGCUUCUUUCUCGACUUGGUUUUGUAAGUUCUUGCUUUUCUUCCUUCCACAAUGAGCUUUUUUUUUACUUCUUUGUAGUUUCCUCUCCUUUGAUCAUACACUUGGAGGUAUUUGUUCUUUAGAAUCCGUUCUUUCUGUUUGUGGGCUUUGAUUUUUUUCCUCUUUGCACAAGUUCUUUUCUUUGUUCGUCCCUUUUCUUGGCUUCAAGAAUCAUAAUCCGAAUAUCUUGAUUUCCUUCCAUUAGAUAGAUUUUUUGCGGCUGUCUUUUUCAGAAUCUAGCUAUGGGUUUCUUCUUCUUGUUGUUGUUAUGAGGACAAAGUCUUAGAGAGUAAUUUAUUAGUUUUCUGACUAUUUUUCCUUUCAAAUUAGACCUUUCCCAUUUGGCUGGUAAACCUUGUAGUUCCUUCCGCAGUUGGUAUUUUCUUUAUUGUGGACAAGUUAACUUUCAGCGCAAGGUUCUGUGUUUCUGAUAUUCCAUGUACAGCAAGAAACAAGACUGCGAGUUCUUCUCUCCCUCAAUGGGAUCAAUCGAUGGCCAUUCUCAAAGAUUUCAGUCUUCAGCUCAGAAGAAGAGCACAAAACUCACACUAUUUGAAGAUCUUCUUCACGGUUCAGACACCGGGAAUUCGCAUUAUGGGCGUAAUGCUGAAGAUCAGAAUCAGGGAGAUUCUUGCCCUUCUGAUUGUGAAAGUGGGAUUUCCGGGGCCGAAAACGAGCAACAAAUUGGACUGUCUGGUAAUGGUUUGAUUAGAGUUGAUGAUGGGGAGGUGGUUUAUGAGAUUAUCAAGAAAAAGUUGGUUUCAAGCUUGAGUUGUUAUGGAUUUGAUGCUCAAGUUGAGGCUAUUCAAAGGAAUGAUUUCUCCGGAAUCACGUGCCGAGCAAAGCUUCAAUCUUUUUGUAUAUAUUCAAGAGCCAUGGAAAUCAAGUGUGGUGGCAAUGCCAAUGUGAAGUAUGCUUGGUUUGGUGCUUCCAAGGAUGAGAUUAGCAAAAUUCUUGAUCAUGGUUUUGGCCUUCCUAUGAAUGCUCGAACUCAUGGACAUGGUGUCCAUCUCUCCCCAGUUGAUCACCCUGUUGAAAGUAUGGAAUUGGCUUCUCCUGAUGAGGAUGGGCUAAGACAUAUGUUGCUAUGCCGCGUGAUCUUGGGAAAGACUGAGGUUGUUUGUCCUGGUUCCGAGCAAUAUCAUCCGAGUUGUGAAGAAUUUGAUUCUGGGAUUGACAAUUUGGCGUCUCCGCAGAAAUAUAUCGUCUGGAGUUCGAGUAUGAACACUCAUAUCCUGCCAGAAUUUGUUGUUAGUUUCAGGGCUUCCUCUUCUUGCAGAGAAGCAGAAGAUGUCGAGACACGAAAUGAUUCAGCUGGUGAGACAAGUAGCAGGGGACAAGUUGCUGAUGACAAUCAUCAAAUCAUACAGGGGAAAGAUGAAUGCAUCCAGGAGCGGUAGUUCAAGCACAAGAAAUUGAGUUCUCUGCAAGAAUGGCUGAGUCGAUUGCAACGUUUUCUGAACAGUUGAUGACACAAACUAACACAGACAGCAUCUCAGUACGUAUCGACAUUGUAGACGUAGUUGGAUCCUAUACUGAACAGAGAGAGAUCAAGACAUCGGAGUAUUUCUUUCUUUGUAGCAUGUUCCUUUUUCUUGCCAUUUUCCAUGUCUCUUUGUUUGUUUCUUCUUAAUGGACCCAUCUCGAGGUAUUGCAGAUAUUGUUGGGAA